AUAUGGCUAUCACUCUUCUUUGAUUACAGACCACAAUACCCACCGAUACAGAGGAGCCACUGACAUCCAUCUCACCUACAAAGAUACCAAUGAAUGAUACAGUCACACAAACAGACGGAUGCAUGACGGGAGUUUACUCCGCCACCGGUGAAUGUUGCGAAGAGUGUCCGAUUGGCUUCGGCGUUCAUCGGAAAUGUUCGGACCCCAACGCCACCAACACGAUCUGUACAGUCUGUGAACCAGGCAUAACGUUCUCUUCCGUCACAAGUCACGUGAUACCGUGUCAACCCUGCACAAGAUGUAGCCACAAUGAGGUGAUGACGUCAGCAUGCAGCAUCAUGCAAGACACGGUGUGCGAAUGUGCGCCGAACUACUUCCGAACGGAUCCACAGACCGAUGACUCGGCACCUGGCCCCACAUCGGCAUGCAGCCAGUGUAUGUUUUGUCCUCCUGGGUUCGGCGCGGCAGUUCCUUGUUCACCUCGACAAAGCUCUCAGUGUCAAAUAUGUGCGAAUGGGACCUAUUCGGAUAUCGUCAGCUCGACAGAAGGGUGUAGGAAGUGUUCUGUCUGCAACGAAGGCAGCAUCGUACUUAAGCGUUGUACUGAUAUAUCAGACACCGUCUGUUCAGAUACCUACAUACCUUCAAUCACCGACAGACCACAGAAUGAUAAAAUGACGACGACGACAUGGAUACCGAAAUCUAACACGAAAUCGUCAGGAUUCAGCGUCGUACCCAUCUUCUGUACUCUUCUCGGACUCGUCAUCUUCGGUUUGCUUGCUUACGUCAUCUUCAAGAAAUGGUCGUUUAAGAAGAUGAAGCUGAGACAGACUCAGAAAAUGACAAGGUCCAGUUCUUGUCAUACUGAUAUCGAAGGAAACACAAUCUCCAUUCUAUCUCUAAAGAAUGGUCAAAACUAUACAUCUCGGGACUCGGCAUUAGAUAGGUCAGGUAUUGGCAGCAUCUGCAGACAACCGCUCAUGGCAGUUCCAAGUGCGAUGCCAUAUCAGCAGUUACCCUCUGAUAAACGUCACGAGGUCGAACGCUCUCUGUCAGUCUCUAGAAUGGACGGUCGUGAUUGGCGAGGUUUGGCCCGGGAACUAGGAUUUUCAGAUCUAGACAUCGUUCACAUCGCCCAAACAUGUACAGUAUCAACCCCACCAGCCAGGGCCUUGUUUAUUGCCUGGCAUAGCAGAGAUACCAAACGCGCAACCGUUGGAACGAUUGUGGAAGCGCUCAGGAGAAUACGACGAAAUGACGUUGCCGAUUUAAUACCCGUUUUCACUUAUAGCGCUUACCACUUUCCAGGUUCAUGAUGUCUGCUACAAAAUUUUAUUAAUGUGGAAAGGACUUAUUGUAAACAUUUUCAUUUUUUGUAUAUAUAGGUUGCAGAUGGGGUUAUUUGUACUCCAAGUAAAUGUUGAGUUGAUAUGAGGCCUCUGUAUAGGUCUACUUGCCAGAAAUAUAAAUUUAUAUUCACGAACGAGGCACCCAGCACUGUUUAUCAAGAUGAUUUCAUGAUAUUUCUUUCUUGAAAAACCCUAUUCAUUUAUCCUCGUAUAAAGUUAAUGAUCUACGAUUCUUGGAGUCAAGCUUUCAGGUUGUUAUACCUGACAGGCCUCUGCCAAACUUUGAAAUAAUUAAAUUUAAAAGGGAGUUUCACUCCUCGACGUACAGAAGAUUGAAGAACAAAGAAAAUGUAUUUUACAGUGCCCUUCAGUAAAAGAGCAACCAAAAAGCCUUUGUCGAAAAUCGGUUAAUCUAAACAGCAGUUUCGUCCUUGACUCUCUUCACAAACGACAUUUGUAAUUUUUUGUCCGCUCCGAAUCUUAUAGGACGAAACUGCUUCCAGAUUACCAAUUUCCGACAAAGACCUUGUUUUUUUUUGUCAUUUGACGGGCAUUUCAAAUCUUUUACUGUAUUCUUGAACCCUCCGUGCUGCCUAAUAACCUUUGAUUAAAACGUGUCAAUAAAAGAUGAAUAUUUGUUGAAAUAUAAAUUUUACACUCAGAAUGCCCUGCUGUAGAAGUUAAACGGGCAGCUGAGCAGAGAAAUGUUCAUUGAAUGGUGUUUGAUCAUGGACGGAAGCUCAUAAACGGGCAUUCCUUUUGCAUGCGGAUGCUUCUGAUCUCCAACGAUAAAAUUAUUCUAAACAUGCUGAUGUUUCGUCAAUCCUUUAGUUUUAGCUACUGUUUUCGGGAUGAAUCAGCGUUGUGCUUAAAAGGAUAACAUGGUCAUGUAAACGAAGGCUCAUACGCGAAUAAAGGAGCAUGGAAAUUCUCCAUAUUUAGUUUCUCAUGGUAUCAUUCAGACAUAUUAACAUACAUUCAGGUGGGUGUUUCGUGAAACUGUUAAAGUUACGCACGACUGGAACAUGUUCUUAGGUCAUAAAUCAAUUACAUA